GUUCCAUAAGGAUAAAUUUGUCAUUUUGUCUCGAGUCUCGAAUUUCCCGUUUCUCUCUAAUCUCAAAUCAUCACACCAUUAGCCCAAAGCUACGCAUUCAAACACACUGUUUCAUCAAUGGCGGCUCCAUUUACAACUCUGCCCAAUGUCGGUUCCCUGCCAGGUCCGCGGAACGCAUUGCAGGUAAAAGCACUAAGCCCCGCUUGCAAUUCACUGAAGCUUCCUGGGGGCGUUAAUGUUUCGCCGUCUUCAUCGAGCUUGUUUUUCUCUGGCUCGCUGCGUCUCUCCCCUCUUACUUUAUCUUCUUCUUCUCAGAGAAAAACCCAAACUCUUACCUCAAUUCGAGCUAGUGCUGAGGUAGCAGAUUUGCAAUCGAAGGUGACCAACAAGGUUUAUUUUGAUAUAAGCAUUGGGAAUCCUGUUGGGAAGCUUGUUGGGAGGAUUGUUGUUGGAUUAUAUGGUGAUGAUGUGCCCCAAACAGCAGAGAAUUUCCGUGCUUUAUGCACAGGGGAUAAGGGCUUUGGCUACAAAGGUUCUACAUUUCAUCGUGUCAUCAAAGAUUUCAUGAUUCAAGGAGGGGACUUUGAUAAAGGAAAUGGAACUGGAGGUAAAAGCAUAUAUGGCCGUACAUUUAAAGAUGAAAACUUCAAAUUGGCCCAUAUUGGACCAGGAGUAGUUAGUAUGGCAAAUGCAGGCCCCAACACCAAUGGAAGUCAGUUCUUUAUUUGCACUGUCAAGACCCCAUGGCUGGAUCAGAGGCAUGUAGUUUUCGGACAAGUUCUAGAAGGCAUGGACAUUGUGAAGUUGAUUGAGUCACAAGAGACGGACAGAGGAGACCGUCCCAGAAAGAGGGUGGUGAUCAGUGACUGUGGUGAGCUUCCAAUGUCUCAGGCGUGAUCUUAUGAAAUUCUAGCUAUCUAUUUUCUUCGUUGUUGAACUUUUGAUGUAAUAGUUUGAUUUUGAACCAGUUAAAGGUUUCAGUGGAAAAUAAUGAGCAAGUAAAAUUAGUUGGGAUUUUUUUUA